AUGCUGUUUUCGUGUGCUCCAUCGGAGUUGGUGGCCUACACUUUGGAGACCCUCUCGCUCUCGGGUCAGUUUGGAUUAACCUUGGCUGAGCUCUGGCAAAAGAUUGCAUCUAAGCUAGGCCUGAGCGAAUUGGAUCUCUUUCAACAACAAGUGAUAUGGCAGUGGUUGUUUUUCUCCAAAUCCCAAGAUCAAAUCGACUUGUACGUUACCAAGGAUAAGCAGAUCUUGCCUAUCCUACCCAAUUAUGCUGACUUCAUAAGCUCCCACGGACCAGAAGGUGAUGUCAGCAUUCUCCCAACUGCUGAUACUCAAUGGAAGUACCUAACCGGUUUGGAGGCAUCCAAGAAGCUCAAAGCCCAGUUGGGUGAGAAGCCGUUCCAGCUUCUCUGUGAGAUAGCUAGACACGGAGCUGAAGGUAUAAUCUCUCCUGAUCUUUGUAAGGCUACUGGCCAGGAUCCAAGAUCCCUUCCUUCACGGUUCAAGAGACUUUCAGAAAUGGGGUUUAUCAUCCGGAAAAGCAUUUAUCACGAGAAAACUCGCCAACAUACGAGCUUGCUCGUGCACACCAAGUUCAGUGACGAAAAGACGCCGUUACAGUCCGAGGAGUUUCAAAGUUCGAGGAGUACAAACAUGUUGAGACAAUUGAUCGUGCAGUCAGUCCGUGAUGCUCCAAAUAACUUGAGAGGAUUCAACGAUUUAAAGAAGGAGCUUAAUUUGAACAGCAAUAAGUCGAACUCCAAGUUUUUUGGGGCCAUUGUUGAAGCAUUGCAUAAAAGUGGAUAUGUGGAAAAGCUCAUGGUCAGAUCAGCUGAGGAUGAACGAUUGGUGUACUCAAUUAAAUUCUUGAAAGAUUUACCUAAAGACAUGAUCAACAGUUCGGAUUACGUGGAUAUGUUGAACUCGUUCGACAAUGUGGAAGACGAUUUCUUCGAAGAAAAGGAUGAGGGAAAGGAAAAAUAUCCCUUGGUGAACAGUAUUUAUCCAAUUUCCAGUCAGAUCCACCAGCAAAUAUCUUCGACGCGAGAUGUCGGAAUCACCUCUAAGAAUAUAGUGACCAAUCUUAGUGGAACUGCGGGCUAUAGGCCAUGGACACGUAUCCUCGAUUCGAUGUCAAGUUAUGUUGUUGAUGGUGAGUCGUUGGCGCCGCUUAAAACAAGCGAAGACAAGUACAAUGAUAUUUGUAUUAUCAGAGCCUAUGAUGUGGAAGGAAAGUAUAAAUUCUACAGGUACUAUACUCGGGACCAAUACCCAGCAUUCCCGGCAAAAAGCUGUCGGAACAAAAGAUCCAAUCUUUCUAAAGUACAAAAUAAGCCAAUAGCCAAGUUGAACACGCUAUACUUCAAAACGUUGGGGAAAGCACCUCCGGGAGAUUUGCUCAAGAAAAAGAAGCGUCAAAAUCUCGGUCAGUUGGCCUCGGAAAAUUCUAAAAAGUCGAAACAUGUAGAUGAGUUACAAAGAAGCUUGAGGCGGAGAGAAUCACCUAUUCAGCAAGCCACGAGCCUGAAGAAUGAACCUGCCCUAGACAUCAGUUUGGAAUAUGAUCGUGACUCAAGUAUUGAUAUUUCGACACCGGUUUCAUUUCAUGAGGUCAAAGCUAUUAUCCCUGACAUUGGUACUCAGGUGAAAAGAGUCAGAAAACUGAUGGCAAAACCUGUUCUUGCAACAUCUCUCAAAGGACAAAAGCGUAGAACUAGCUUGUUGGACAUAGUGAAAGAUCUUGGAGGUGUAACUUAUACAACUGCAAAGCUCAGAAGAAUGCUAGACGAGCGGCUUGGAAGCUCUACUUUUACAGAUAACAAGACGUUGGCAAGGGACAUCUCCAUUUUGAUAUCCUCAAAGGAUUUGGAGGUUCAAAAUAUUUCCUAUGAAAGAGCCGGAAAAAUGGUCAAUAGGAAAUUGCUCAUUUUGACCGAUCCCAAGCUCAGGCCAUCAGCAGAGUUAAUUGAAGAAUCAAGAGAACGAUGCUUGCAAGAUCAUGGGAACAAAGUAUCUCAGCCUCUUGCUAAAAGAAGAAUUAUUGAGAGUGAGGUGACCCUUUACCAGGGUACGCCUUCUCGUUCAAGAAAACCUAGAGGCAAAGGGAGAUUGGACUCUUUGGGUGAUGAAUCUACAAUGGCUUCUAUUCCUGCGAGAAGGAAAAGAAAAACACAAAACGUCGAGAUCCCAUUGUCAACUCUGGAAGAGAACAGUGUCAAGACAGAAGCAGAUGACUCGACAAUGCCUUCAUUAGUUUCCAAAAAGCACAGAAGAAAAUCAAAACCAAUUAGGAGAUCAGGAGAGAAGAGGGCUCAGCAUCCACCCCGGAGGUUUAGGACUAGUCAAAAGUUCGAUAAAACUGAUGCCACCACUUUGUUUAGAGCUGUGGUUAUUUCAAAGACUUUCACGAGAAGUUCUAUCGAUUUCGCUCAAAUUGCAUUGUUGUUUGAUGGCAUGGAUUCCAAGACCAUCAAACAGAAAUGGACGGUAGUUAGAAAGCUGGUAGGUGGUUUGCAAGCAGUGUUGAAAGGGGUGGAGUCUUUCGAACACAUUGUGAUGAAGGGUAUAGAAGAUGAAUUAGUCUCUACUGAUGAUCUUGAAAAUGUGAAGUUUACCUUCUUCUUGGAUUUGUGGAAGGAUAUGGACAGUUCUGUGCUCGAAAUUUCUGAUAAAAUGCCUUUGUUCAACCACUCGCAGGAUAAUCAGGAUGAGUAUUCAAUUGUUGAUGCACAUGAUGUCCAGCUGGAUCUAUUCGAACAACUUGAAGAUAACUCGAUGAGGCAAAAGGACUCGAUUUUGUCCGGAAUUACUUUCUUUGUCAGUGAUUCUACUGAAAUAAUUCCACCAGAAAAUGAUGAUUUAAGGACCGUUUUGAAAGCAAUCUUCACUACUCCUGAAGAGAGCUUUAGUGCGAGCAGAGUUAAGCAGAUAUUGGAUCAGUUUGGUGAUGAGGCCACACACAGCGCAUCAUCUGCAUUAAUCAAGGACAAAGAAAUGAUCUAUUAUGGAUCCGAUGACUCAAACAGCAGAUUUGUGUUGACAGACAAGGUGCAUAAUGCUUUGAACCUGAAGUUGCCAUCAAAAUUUUUGAAUCAAGCCGCUCAAUUCGCUGACAAUAUAGGGGCUAUUGCAGAAGCUAACAAGGGCCUUAUCAUUUCAGAGAAUGUUCUUAAUGGGCAUAUGGCCCCUCUAUUAACAUUCUUGGCCUCUGAUGAAGCAACAAUACUUCAUAUUGACAAAACUUACCAGUUUGAUGGGUAUGAAUCGAGACUCAUUGACAAAGAUAAACUAGCAUGUGAUGUUGUUCUCUUGACUAAGAAUCGAACCGCAAGCACAAAAAUCCAAAAAAUUCCGGUACCGACUGGAAAAGCAUGUUCUCAUAUCUGGCUCGAUAUGAAUGGAUGCAUCAACGAGCAAAUGUGGACCAAGUUAAUUAAUGCUGUUCUUGUAUAUGUCCACUUCAGGCCAGGAAUCCCCCAAAAAGCUAUCUUCUCGAAGAUGCAAACUAUUUUGGGGUUGAAUGAUUUCAAAUCCGUGAUCCAGUGGCUCGUGGAUAGCCAGAGUUUACGUAGGGGAUCUUUUGAUGGAUGCUGGACAAACCAAAAUUGGUACUCUACGAUAGGAUUUUAG